AUGGUCAACGUCACUUGCCCCAACGUGCACAAUGGAAGCAACGAGUUAAGCUGCUUGAAAGGAGAGCGACGGCCGCCCACCCCUCCAGCGCCGCGAUAUCUGCGCGACGGCUUUAUGCCGCUGUCGGGCCGCUCCAUGGUGCUCUUCUCGCGCAAUGGCAACACGUGGCAGGGCGCGCGCAGCGCCUGUGCUCUGGUGGGGGCCGACCUGCUGGUGCCACGCGACCGGGACGCCAUGGAGCUGCUCAGUCGUAGUCCAUUCUCCGAGCUGUUCAACGAUCUAGAGGCCUUCCUUGGCGCUAGUGAUAUGGUGUCGGAGGGGCACUUUAUAGACAUUGAAGGUAAGCCAUUGGACGUACGCUGGAGGACUUACGAACCCAACAACGCGGGCGGCAACGAGGACUGCUUGGCGUGGAACCGGGAUGGCGGAGUCAACGACCGCGGCUGCGAGGAGACGCUGCAGUACCUGUGCGAGUGGCGGCUGCGGGCGCCGCCGCCCCCUGGCUACUCGCUGGCGGCCGGCGCGGGCACCUUCCUGCGCCUCAGCGAAGACCGCCGCCCCUACGAGGCCGCCGCCGACGCGUGUGCCGCCGACGGGGCGGCGCUCUUCGUGCCGGACACCAGGGACCGCGUGGAGGCGCUCCUGCGGCACGUGCCCGUCGACAGCGGCGACAUGCUGGUCGACGUCAACGACCGCGAUGACGAGGGAGUCUUCGUCACCAGCACGGAUGAGCGCCUGUCGGACUUGGAGUUCCACGACUGGCUGCCCGGGCAGCCGGACGACGGGGGCGGAGGUGGCGCCGGCGAGGACUGCGUGGCGCUGCACUCGCACGGCUUCCUGGCCGACGUGUCCUGCGAGCUGCCGCUGCGCUACGUCUGCGAGUGGCUGCCGUGACCGCCGUGUCCGUUCCGUCACCAGCCAGACGCGGCUUCUCACAGCCGCGCACAAACGGUCUCUCCGGAGAGACCGUGUACUCUUCAGAGGAAUGGACCUAUUUGUGAACAUACAUUCGCGGGGGAAACUACGUUCCCGAUAGUAUCUCGUGUUCAACGAUCUUCCACAAUGAAAAUUGGAAAUAAAAUUCCAUUAUAACCGAAGAGGACACACUUUUUCCUUCACUACGCCACAGUGACUACUAAAUAAAUGAUCAUAUCUGACCAACGCUUAAAACUGGAAGAACCGUGCAGGUCAAUGUGACCGGUGAGUGUUGUUUAAUAGUUUAAAAAUGAAUAAACACCGUAAGUAUUAAUUUAGGGGGACUGUAUUUCAUGAGCUUUAGUAUACUUUGGUGAUUUACAAUUUCUGUAAAAGACAAACAUCUGUUACGAAAGCUGAACGAUUUGCAGAAAUUAGGAUGGCAGCCGGUCGAUUUGACCAGUGUGAUAUUUUUUUAGGUUUCGUGCUUCUAAAAAGCGCAAUGAUGGAUUUUUACUUCCGCAUAGCUUAUUCUAUUUCAUUGUUGUGGUCUCGAUCCCUGUUUUUCUUUACAUUUUACUUUAUUUAGUGGAACGGUGGACAUACUUUAGUUGCUCUGCUCUGCCAAUCUGUUGUUGUGGUGUGUAGAAGUUUAGUGUCCCUCAUUGUUAUGGUGCAUCGGUGUUUUCAUUCAGAUGAACAUCUACAAUUCCAUAAAAUUUUGAACUAAUAAUCUGGACCAGAUGUCUCGUCUGUACACUGUACAAUAUGGCUGCCGCAGAUGGCCUCUGCACAUUGUUUUCAAUGUGCUAGAUCUUGCCGGAAUCAGCGCACGGAACCUUUACAGGGAGACAACAGGAGGAAAAGUUAGCUGGUGACUGUUUCUUUCCAGUUUAGUAGAAGAAAUCUUCUCUUUGUAUCUAUCAUCAACGAAAGUGCCUGUUCAUAAAUUCACUGUGACCACUGAAAUAAGUAAGGUACCAGUGAGGAACACCUGCCAGACAGGAGGAUGCAAAGAUCCAAACAAAACUAAAAAUCCGUAUGUGCGAUGCAAGAAUUUCAUACGUGGGCCACGUGUGGGAAGUGUGCAGUAGGGGUGUGCAAAGUGUUUUGAUAAAGAUGGUGGCUUUGACUGAAAACAUGUCACAGACAAUGUUAUUUUCUCGUAUUUGCCACAGAAGUUAAUGAACAUUUUUCCUUGUAUUUCCUAAUACAUAUAUGUUUAUAGCCUGUUUGGGGCUUUGACUGAUAGCG